AUGGAGAUUAGUCCGCCUCAUCAUUUUUCCGAAAGGAACGUCCACCGUACCGACAAUCAAAAUGCUCCUCUUUCCCCAUCGAAGCGAAACAACACAUUUUCGGCCAGUCGCCAAACCUCAACAAAGCCAACAACCUCUACCAGAGAUUUUGCCCAACCUCAUAGACAUAGUGAUAAGGAGAAUUAUGGAGUGCCUGACGAAUUUGACGAGUUCGAGGAGGAAGAUGAAAGCCUCUUCAGCAAUAUUAUGGGUACACCUCCAGCGCAGGUUGUUGAUGAUGAAAACUACGACGACGAAUUUGGCGACGACGAGGAUCUCAUGGAACUUGCGACUGAGUUUGAAGAUCAUUCCACUUUCCAUGGCGUAUCUCGCCCGUCCAAUGAUCGCUCCGCUAUCGUCCAAGUUUCGAAUGCUUCCAAGUCACGACCAAAGAAAGCUACUCCUGUAAAAAGACCGAAAACACUUGACGAAGAACUCGGAGACUUUCCUUGGACCAAACAAGUCAAGAGUGGACUUACUAAGGUUUUUAAACUGCCUGGAUUCCGACUCAAUCAGGCCAACGCAAUCAAUGCCACACUUGCGGGCCGACAUGUUUUCGUACUUAUGCCGACCGGAGGUGGUAAAUCCCUAUGCUAUCAACUCCCAGCGAUUGUCAGAUCAGGGAAGACAUCUGGCGUUACUGUUGUCGUCUCGCCAUUGCUAAGUUUGAUGGAAGAUCAGGUCUCGCACUUGCGAGCGAGAGGAAUUCAGGCAUUUGCACUCACCGGCAAUACGACGAUGGACGAGCGCAGGGAAGUCACAAGCACCUUUACGAGACCCAACGUACAGGAGUUUGUAUCACUGCUCUACGUUACACCAGAAAUGUUGAACAAGAGCGGCAUGAUGAAGACUGCUUUCAAAGAUUUGCAUCGCAGAGGCAAGCUUGCGAGGAUUGUUAUCGACGAAGCCCACUGCGUCAGUCAAUGGGGACACGACUUUCGACCGGACUACAAAGAACUUGGUAUGGUCUUGAACGAAUAUCCUGGUGUGCCCAUAAUGGCCCUCACGGCUACUGCGACUGAAAAUGUGAAAGUCGACACCAUCGGCAACCUCGGCAUCACUGGAUGCGACGUCUUCUCGCAGAGCUUCAAUCGUCCGAACUUGCGAUACUAUGUCUACAGCAAGCCCAAGAAGUCAGUACUUCUUGACAGAAUCCAGGAAAUUAUCCAGGUUGAACACAGCGACGAGUGUGGUAUCAUAUACUGCCUAUCGAGAAAGCAAUGCGAAGAUGUCGCUGAAGAGCUUCGUGCACGUGGCAUCGAAGCUCAUCAUUAUCAUGCUGGCAUGCAACCUGAAGCAAAAAGUAAGGUUCAGAAGGAUUGGCAACGAGGCAAAACCAAGAUUAUCGUCGCAACUAUCGCCUUUGGCAUGGGUAUUGACAAGCCCGACGUCCGCUUCGUUAUUCACCAUACAAUUCCCAAGAGUCUUGAGGGUUACUACCAGGAGACUGGUCGUGCGGGACGUGACGGUGCAGAGUCAGAUUGUUACGUCUUCUAUGGCACCCACGACUUGUUCACGCUACGAAAGAUGAUUGACGAGAAUGAGAGCGGUAGUAAGGAACAGAAAGAUCGUCAACACGAUAUGCUUCGCAGAGUCGCGCAGUUCUGUUUGAACAAGACAGACUGUCGUCGUGUUCAAGUCCUAGCUUACUUCGCCGAGAGCUUCUCGAAAGAAGAUUGCGACAACAACUGCGACAAUUGUAACACAAAUGAAGAGCUGGUACAGGAAGACUACACUGAGCUCGGCCUCGCUGCAGUCGAGCUUGUCAAGGAAAUCGCCUCUGUUCGCAAUGUCACUCUUCACCAAUGUAUUGAUUUGUUUCGGGGCACUGGCCGUGGUAUUACCGCUGAAGACAAGGAAGCUGCAAACUUUGGCGCAGGCAAAGACCUUGAUCGCGAGAAUGUUGAUCGCUUGUUUGGUCUUCUGUUGGCUGAAGAUGUCAUUCGCGAGUUCUCUGUGUUCAACAAAUCAAAGUUCGCCAAUCAAUACAUUGGACUUGGACCAAAAAGGCACAUGUUCGGACAUGGGCGCGGCAAGCAGAAGUUGAUGCUUUACGUCCCGGUUGCGACGGGCACCGGCGUUAAGGCCUCCAAGGCAGCCAAGAAAGGCCAGCAGUAUCCUUCCACCAAUAUCUCCUCGCCUGUGCAAGCAGGCCCAAGCCGAAAGCGCGGCGGACUUACUCGCAAUGGUUACGAGCACUACGCUCAAUCUGAAGAUGAGGAGGAUGAAGACGGUUAUUUCGAGCCCCUCCGAACAGAAACAACCUCGCGCUCUAGAAACCAAACCAAGCUCGGGGAACCCAUCACCAGGGACGAAGCUCUUCACAAUCUGGAUGAUGUCCACCAGGAUGUGAUCGCGUCGUUCGUUCAAGACGCCAAAGAAAAAAUGCAGCAACUCAUGAGGAAGAAAGAUUUGCGUCAACAACCAUUCUCUGACACCAUGCUGCGUGAGAUGGCCAUUGUGUUCCCGAAGACUCUGGAAGCCAUGAAGAGGAUCAGAGGCAUCGACUCUGUCAAGGUUGACUGCCACGGUAUAACCUUACUUCCUCUAAUCGCGCAGUACAAAAAGCAAUUCGAGGAGAUGAAGCAAGGUGCAGAAGACGUACCAUACGACCCCAAUCACGCCACAGUCAUCUUAAUUGAGAGCGAUGACGAGAACGAUGAUGACGACGAGUUCGGAUAUGAUGGUGGAUUCAGUUCUGAGCCCGAGGGCGCAAGUCAAGAAAGAUCCUCAUACUUCAAACACAAUGCUGAGGUCGAGGCGUUCAACGCUAGGUUCUCACAGUCACAGGCUGCUCCAAGAGCAGCUGUACCACCGCCCAACAAGCGCGCCUCCCGUGCUGGGUCUGGAGGUGCUAAGUAUGGUGGUAAGAAAGGAGCUCCUCGCCGGCCAAGUUAUGGCAAGGGCAAGUCAGUCGCUGGAGGAGCGGCCAAGAAACGCGCACCAGUUGCAAAGAAACAAAGUAGCAUUGCUGCCAAGUAUUCAUUUAACAACGCUGGACCAUCCAAGAGAGGAGGCGGCGGUGGUGGCACUUCUAGUGGAAUUGGCAUGAUGCCUCUCUGA